CUCUCUCUCUCUCUCUCUCUUCUAGACAUGCAAGCCACAACUGAGCCAUUUCAACACACUGAACUAGAUGCUGAAGGAUUGGUUGACAACAUGCGCUAUCUUCUCCCCCUCGUCUCCCAGUCAGACCAACAGCAGUACUCCAACUCAAAGAGAGUUCGUUACCUCAACCAACUGGCCAAGGUGAUAAAGCACUGUGGUUUUGUCAUCGAUCCUUACUACCCUGUGGAGAAGGUCAUUGAGAAUGUGCGACUGGCUCUGUCUAGCUCUGUCAAGGAGGUGAGAGCUGGCUCCCUGAGGGUCCUCCGCUAUGUCCUCCAGUCCAGAGAUAUCUUCUCCAUCAUGCUCCGACUCAGAAUUGACAUACUGGUGGUUAGGUCGCUGGAUGUCCCAGCCUCCAGAGAGAUAGAGAGAUUGCAGGCUGUCAGAUUUGUUCGGCAAGUCAUCUCCACUGCUCCAAACCUGUUCCCGGUGUCCCUAGCAGCUCCUCUGGUCUCCAUAGUUUUGUAUGACUCUGAUCCUAUGGACAACCUUACCUGGUCUGCCAUUGCCACACUCUGUGAACUAGCUCUAGUCAAUCCUGAGGUAGCUGCGAGAUCUGGGGGAAUCAAAGCGAUACUAAAGGGACUUCUCAAGUGUCACACACUGAGAAUCAGCGAAUCAAUUGUUCUUACACUCAACUACCUUUUGAACAGACCAGACACCAGGAAAUAUGUCAGAUCACACUUGGACCUGGAGUCGUUGUUAGCACCUAUCACAGAUCUGCACUAUAGAUGCCUAAUGGAAGAAAACCAAAGAGCAGCACUUCAGGUCCUUGACAUGAGUGUGGUACAGGCAUCUAAAAUGGCUGCGGUGUCGAUGCUGAAGACCUGGCCAGGCCUCUUCUGUCUGUGCAGUCCCCACAACACCGGGCUGGUGUCUCUUCUGAAUAUGCUCCCCCUCACCCAGAUGGAAGUACAGAGAGAGAUACUGGACCUGUUAUACUGUGUGUUCCAGCUGAAGGUACCCACGUGGACUGAACAUUUCCAGGAGGCCAUUGCCAGUGUCGACCCGGUCCAGCCAAAGGGGCAGUGGUCGUUUACGGAAGGGUUCGUGGUCGAGGAAGGGAAGGACCUCCUUCCGCCCAAAUAUGGGAGCCGGACAAACCUCGUCAACUGCUUCCACGCCCUCCUGUUGGCAGUCCUCAUUGAGGAGGGCGUCUUUGAGUGUCUGGUCGAGGUGGUGAGAACUGGUAUGAAUCACGUGCGAGUGAUGACAACCAUACUCAUGGGACAACUGCUCCACAUGGCCAACUCCAUCUUACCGUCCGAGUUCUCCAGUGACACUCACUGUCUCACUGAGCUCAUCUCCUCUGCCAUGGACUUCGACACCCACGCCGAGAGAAAUCGUGCCACGGAGGUGAUUAGCUAUCUGGACAGGGUCCACCAGCAGAAGAAAGAAGGUGUAAAGCCGUCCUCUCCCUACCUCCGUCUCAUCCUGGAGCAGGCUCGCUACACCUCCCAGCCGAAACAGGAACAAGAACUUCUCAAACUGAUUCCCAGUGAGAUGGAAGACGGCUCGGUGCUGGCUCUAGUCAGGGACACUGAUGUCCCGGUGGUGCCAACCAAAGAAUACAUGAAGUGGAAAUGGAACCUCAUCUUCUCAGUUCUACAGCACCCGUCAAUCAGAACCCCGCAAGUCAUGGAGGAUGCCACGUUUGGGAAGUUCGUGAAGAGGUUGUGCAAUUUCUUCAAGCCGAGUGGCCACCUCUUUGCUCUCAUAAGGUUCUCUGAAGCCAACCAGAAGAAGUUCUCAACAGUCGGCAAACUGCUCGUAAAGUUUAUGUGCUGCGUCGAAGAGAACUUCUCCUCUCACCUUGUGGCCCUACUCACCGACAUCGUGAACGAACUCAGCCAAGUCACUGCCUCGAAGGUGACCGCCGAUGUCUUCUCUGCGUCGUCCAUCGCCAACAAACUUGCGAGAGACUAUUUCCUUCUCCUGGGAACCAUCAGCUACCUGCGCCCCGCUCUGCUCGAGCAGUGCAAGGCCUACGGUCCUCUCUUGGACAUAUGUAACUAUCAGAACAGGACAGACCUCAUGAAACUCGUGCUGUCGACUCUGGAUUUUGGCAACGUCCACUGUAGAGUGAUUCUCAGCAAACUUCUCACCUCCACUGACAAGGAGAUGAGACUGUAUGCCACGCGGCACAUGCGGGUGCUGCUGAGAGCAAAGAUGCCGUUCUUCAACAGUUGGGGUCUCGAGCUCCUCGUGCCACAGCUCUACGACCUCGAGAGACGAGUAGCUCUCGAGGCCGUCGAGAUUUUGGACGAGGCCUGCGAGGAAGAGAAUUUUCUGGAGGCACUACUGUUGCAACAGCCUGCACUACUCCACCUGGGAGAGAAGGGAGCAGCUGUCUUCACCAGGUUCAUAUCAAUUCGAAGAGGCUUUACUCUGCUCCAGAAGCUGAUGUUGUUUGAGUCGCUAAUGGAGAAGUGGUACUCAACGUACAGCAAGCUCUAUGUCUACAUUGUAGAAGAGAGACUGGCGGAGGCUCUCACUUCCUUCAAGAUCGUCGACGAGGGGCAGUUUAUCAGACGAACUGAUUCCAGUGUCAUCCAGCCCGAGGCAUUUGUUCCAGUUCACUUUUACGGACAGAUAGUUCAGCACGAGGAGGGCUGUGCCAUGCUGGAUAAGAUGGGCCAUGUGAAGAAAUUCUGUGAGGUAAUCCAGCAGGACACUCCCGUCACAAAGGAGGACAUCACGAGCUACAAGGCGGCCAUCUGGGCACUGGGUCACAUUGGCUCCACUCAGCAGGGGCUAGACCUACUCCUCACUGAGAACGCGGUGGAAGAGCUCAUCGAUCUAGCAGAAGACUGCCCUCUCCUUUCUAUCAGAGGAACCUGCUACUACUCCCUGUGUCUCAUCUCCAAGACAAAAGCCGGAGCCAAUGUUCUCUUGGAAAACAACUGGAUCACCGUCCAACACUCUGCCGAGGAAAAAUGGCCGCUCAUUUUCGACUCCAAACAGGAGCUGGACGACGCUGCGCCCUUCUCGCCGGACACUCGUCCCGUCCGAUUCUUCCCUCCUCUCUUCGGCUCUUUCGAUCUCAACAGCCUCCCGCGAACGUCUCGCCUCCCGAAAGCCUUGAGUUAUCAAGUUCUCAACGCCCCAUAUUCCCGCUCCGAACACCAUCUGGGAUCCUCUCUCUCCCUCUCGGCUCACACGACCUCCUCCCUCAAGAAGGCGGACUCGGGAGGGGCAGGGGGCGGGGCCAGAAAAACCCCGCCUCCUCUGAGGGUCCUCGGAGUGCGAAAGCCGGGGAGAAAGCUGUUUGCGUCGGUGAAGGAGAGGGACCGAGGUAGGCGGAGCCCGAGUCUGUCUCGUUUGAGGGGGCGGAGCACGGCGGACAUUCGAGGCCACGCCCACACGUUGGGUCUCGGGCAGAGCAGGGCCUACAGCAUCAGUACUGGUGAACUUCUCUCUCCAGAACUCCACAAAGCCAGCAGCCCACUUUCGUGUCUGCCUCAGACCCUCCCCCAGCCACUGCAGAGAGUCACCAGCCUUGGUCUGCCCCAUCGCAGCAAGACCUCUGCAAACUCCACAUUCUUCAUUGGAGUGUGCAUUCCCAUCGAGAUCUCCACCAUGUUCGAGUAUUCUGAGGAAGAAUACAAGGGGUUCCGGACACGCACAUGUUCUGCCCCCAAUUUCGAGGUGGCGACCCUGCCCCACGACCCCGCCAGUUGCCUGGAAUGCUCCCUCACCUACCGGCAACGCUCAAGCUCAUCUCUCUCCUCUCUCCCCCAGCAGUCGCUGCUGGCCGGCCCCGCCCAAUCCUCGGGCGGGUCCCACGGAACCGAUACAAGCAGCACGGCAGGUUCGGGCGGAGGGUCUUAUGUAAGUAAGGACAAGUCUCUCGAUGCCACACCGAGUCCGGAUGCACCGCGAACUUUGCACCUUCACGUCGGGAGCAGCCAGGAAAACGUGACUGACGGCGGAGACUCGUCUGAUGGAGGGGGCGGUGCUAGGGGCGUGGCUUCAAACACGCCCAGAGACCGAGGACUCACGAUGAAAGAUCUCCCUGUUGGGGAGAAGAAACGUGGUUACACUAGCGGAUCCCCACUGGUACGCAUGAAGAAAAUUCUCAGCGAGGAAAGAAUCGAGGAGGUGGGGGCUGACGAGGAAGACGGUGAUAAAUUGACCAACGAAGUGAUCGCCGUGUCAAGAGAGGAACGAAAACCUCGAGGGCGCUUGAAAGAACUCUCUGAAAUGAGCGAGGGUGGAAAUGGAGAGAGGGUGGGACCCGUGAAAGAACAAGGAGGUGAAGGUGCAGAGGAUUCUGGAGUCAUUAGACUUACCCCGCCUCUGGGAGAUGGGGAAGAGUGUUUGGGGGAAGGUGGAGGUGGGGAGGAGGUGAGGGAGCGAGAGGAAGGAGACGAGGAGGGGAAGAGGAUAACGGAAGAAGAAGGAGAGGGAGCAGACGAGAAGGUGGUUGAGGAGGGAGAGGAGGGGAAGAGGGAAGAUGUGAAGCUGGGAGAAGAGGAAGAGGAGGGAGGGGAGGAGAAGAGGGAGGGAGAUGAGGAGGGAGAGGACGGGAUGACAACCGAGGACGACGAAACCGACGAUGAGGAACUGGAGGGAGAGGAGGAAGAGGAGGAAGAAGGAGACGACAGUAUCUCGCCAGUAAAAGAAAUCCUCAUCAAUGUUGUCAGUGCAAGUGCCAGGUCUAAUAAGGACUCGGUGGCAGCAGUGGAAGGCGGGGCAGCAGAUGAUGCAGUCAGCGUGUCAUCUGUGCUGACUACUCAGUCGACUGAUCUGGAGCCCGCUCUCAGCGGUCGACACGCGCUCCACAAGGCUGUCCUGGAGAUCAUCUAUAGUCUCAGUAGUGACGUCAGUCUCAAGAAAAACAGCCAGGGACUCAACCAAGUGUGUCAGAAGUACACUGAGCUGGGAGACGACUUGUGUCUCUAUUCCAAAGUGGUGGACAUGUUCUCGACCUACCACUACAACCUCCUCACUCGCAGGUUCAUACAGUCCAAGUUCCAACACAUGACCUACGACCCACUAUUUGCAGCAAAGACUGGAGUUGAAGAUCCCUUCGUGGAGGACGACCUGAUGUCGUCGUCUACAGCCAGCAGUCGGAGAGAGAGCUACUGUAGCACGGAGGGGGGAGGAGGAGCGGCGGGGGAGGUAGGGAGGUGGAGGAGCAGCAGCAGCACUAGCGACGCACUUCGCUUCCGGCAGCGUAUGCAACAGACGUCGAGCCACGAGGAGGCCCCUAGUAAUCUUCAAGAAGAGGGCCCCGUGAGGCAAAACUCAUCGACGUCGUCUUCCACGGCAGUGGCAGCGAGUGGGGAAAGUCAGUCGAACGAAUCGCGGAGAACCGAACCAGAAAUCAAAAUCAUUGCUGCUUCAGUGAGUAGCCAUGAGAGUACUGACUCAUCUAGAACAACUCCAGGUACUAGUAAAUCAUCAGGGAAAAGAGCAACUAGCACAGAGAGUCAUAGAGACAAGAGCCCUCCAAUAGAAGUAGAGGAUAGUGGCAAACCCCCGUCAUCUACAAGACACUCUGCCGCAGACAAAGUUCUCAGUAACCAGACCACAACUACACGGCACAAUGGGAGCCGAAGCAGCAGUGAGGUGCGGUACGGGGAGGAUGGAAGAGGAGGAGGAGGAGGAGGAGGGAGAGAUACCAGCAACGUUGAUACACACAGCCCCAUUGAAAAAGAACCCUAUGAUUUGUAAAUAAACACAAUAGCUCUCUAGCGUCUUUUUUAAAAUUGGAUCUCAUUAUUAUUAUUAUUAUAGAGCUAUAUGUUUUAGUUUCUUGCAAGUUUAAUUCAAAUGAAUCAUUUUUUCUGCUUGACUACUGUGGCAUUGAUUCGCAGUGUGCAGUGAAGCUCGGUAUCAUGUCCACCAUUAUAAUUUAAAUUGCGUGACUUCUGCACUUUUCUUCAAUGUACUGUAUUGACAUUAUUGUUGUGAAAAACCUUCAAACCUG